GGGCAGCUGAAGCACAAGCUGAGGGCUGGUUACCUGAGGGGCUCACUUACUGCUCAACAUCCUGCAGACUGAAAGACUUUUUCUGACCACAAUGAUGAAGGGUAACAUGCUGAUCUUUGCGUCACUGUGUGGGCUGCUUUGCUGGAACCAUGUAGACUCCAUGAGGAUCCAUUUCAAGUCUUUACCAAUGGAGGUCAACCAGCGCCGUGACAACAUCAUUCUAAAGGAGGUUGACCAAAGCAGUAACAUCCCAUUGAACAUGGUUGAAGAGUCGGUUGAUGACAUGUACUUUGGCUGCAAUGAACUAAUGAUGAGAAUGGUCAAGAGCAAAUACUUUGAAGAAAAGUACGUGAACAAAACAUUUGAAAAUGCCUGGAAUGAGGCAGAAAAGUGUGCAGAAGAGAGAAUAGCCCGUCUGGAGGAUGAGGGUCUAACCAAAGAUCACCUGCGUGCCAUCUGCGUUUACACAUAUGAUGAGAUUUACUCAGUGUUCAAUAAUGCUGUCCGCAUCAAAAGGAACAACUAUAGAUCCUCAUUCCAGUUCCACUACUUACAUUUCAUGCUGACAUCUGCUGUACAGAUUCUGAAUAACAACAACUACUGCCACACUACUUAUAGACGAAACUCAGAAAGAUUUACUGGUCAAAUCAACCAUAUAAUUAGAUUUGGGUCCUUUGCCUCUAGCUCCUACAAGCCAUACCUGGUACGGUUUGGUAAUGAGACCUGCUUCAAAAUCAAGACCUGUUCAGGGGCUUUUUUGAAACAUUAUACAUUUUAUAAUUAUGAAGAUGAAGUAGAGGUGCUCAUCCCUCCUUAUGAGAUGUUCAACAUAACUGAGAUAGUUAAAGAUAAUAGUAAAAUACGAGAUAUGGGUCUAACGUCAUGCAAGGUUGUGUACGUCUUGGAGAGUGCAGGCUUUAAGAGCAAUCUGAACUGCAAAGUUGUGAACAAAUAAAAGUCCAGUAGUCACUGGGUUCUCAAAUUUUUGAGUGAGAAAUGAAACUUGAAACUAUCAGUUAACAAGUAUUUUCCUGCUCACAAUAUAUUCAGAUAUUACACUGUGCAGCUUUGACCUAAUAUUGCCCCUUUGUAUUUUAGACAGUCAUUGGUACCUUUAAUAACUGCACUGUGAAAGUACUUCAUAUUUUCUCACCUGGACGGAUGAAAAGAAUACCAACAUGUUCCAGAUCAUCUUUUGUGACCGCAAAGGAGGAAGUCGAGUUGAAGAACAUCGUCCGCGUGGUCAGGGUGUAAAAAAAAAAGGGGAAAUGAAUGUUUGAAUGUUUAAACCACUGUAUAGGUUUAUAUUUUCUUUCUUAACUUUGAAAAGCUUUGUUUUUCUGCCUUCUGAAAGCACACAUCAAUAAAAGUUUCUAAACAUCCUU